AUGUCCGCUUGCGCUGUGUCUCUCCGAGUAAUUUUGGUUAUUCUUGGGUGGUUAAACUUCGCCGUUGAGCGCCACCCUUUUUCGCUUUCAAUGUCUUGGUGUAGGAAACUGCAAGGACAACAAGGGUUCCUGCAUAAGCUCGAAGCAUGGCCAAAUGACAAGCAACUUCCCGAGCGGCCCAUCAGAUACGGAGCCUCGACUCCUCGAGUAGGUAUCUAGCUGAGGCCACAUGCGGGAGGUCAAUGGAUUGUCGCUCAAUUCACCAGGUAGUAUUCGCCGA